AUGAACUCCCUUCAUCCCACCAACAUUCAAAAAUCUCACCACCACAACACCACCACCCGAAGUCAUCACCGUUCCAGUUCGACUCGAGUCGGAUCCAACCACAACAACACAGAUCCAAACAACAAUUCUCAUUCUCCUCCACCACACACUGAAAAAUUCGUUCAUCCCGAACAAUCCACUCAUUUAUGGCACCUUUUCGGAUUCGCAUUAGGUUCCUUCACCAUUUCAACCAUUCUUUGCAUCACGUUGGCAGUUGUUGUUGCAUUGGGAGUUUCUUCCAGUAAAUCUCCUCGAAAUUGCUAUUUAUGGACAUCGAAUGAGGAAAUUCAAAAUCAUUUAUUAUCGGAACAGAGUCCGAUUCGUGUCUUGUUGGAAGAUGUGAAAAUGAAAGAAAAUGAUAGUUUUGUUUUUACGAGAGAUAUGUUUUCGAGAGGUGAAUUUUCAAUUUCUCGUUUUAAUAACAUGACUUCGGAAGAGUUGAUUCGAGAACAAUUCAAUUUGAAUGGAAAGGGAAUGAAUGUGGCAACGUUGCAAUUGAGAACUUGGAGUUUACCUGCAACGAUGGAUUUGAUUUGGAAUGAUGGAAAGGGAGUGAGUCAUGCAGUGGGUGGGUUUUUUGCGCUCACAGAUACCAUUACGAUUGGAAGAUAUGCAUCGAAUUGUAUGCCCUUGACAGGUGAGAGUAGUGUGUCGACGAAUCAGAGUAUUUAUGGAGCUACCAUUAAUCAACAAGUGAAAGAUUAUGUGAAGAGUUUCUUUAUUAUUGAUGGAAAAGGUCAACCAAGAGCGGUCAUGCAACAACGUGUGGAUUUCAUUUCCUAUGAGCUGCCAAUUGUCAGAUAUGAAAAUUCAACAAGCGUCAUUGCCAUGUUGAGAAAGAAUUAUUUAAAUCCAAAUGAACAAUGGAUUUUGACCAUUAAGAAUCCAUUAUUAGAGAGUGAAAUGACUGAUGGUUUUGGUUACAAUACUCUCUUUUAUUUGAUUGGUUAUAUUAAUUAUAGAGAAAAAUAA